AUGUUUAAAUCAGCUAAACCAAGGUACGAUACUGCCGUUGAAUCAUUAUGGCAAGGAAAUACGGAGUUCACACUAAACUUUUUAAAUUUAAAACUAAAUGAAAGUCCUUAUAACAGUUUUAUAGUAUCUCCGUUUUCUGUUCUAAUACCCCUGGCAGAACUUGCACUGUACGCCAAUGGAACAACACACGAUCAACUAACAAAUAUCCUUCAUGUCGACAAUAGAAUAGAGGUUGGGGGUGGUUUCCGUGAAAUUUUGAAGUCUUUUUCAUCUUCUGAUGAUGUACAGAUUUCAUUAGCUCAAAGAAUCUACUCCAAUGUAAAUACAGAAUUAUCUGAAGACUUUAAAAAUGACACUAAGGAUUAUUUUAAUGCCGAAGCUCAAAAUGUAGACUUUGAAAAGAAUCAAGAAGUAGCGAAAAUGAUCAACGAGUGGGUGCAAGAACAAACCCAUGGUCUCAUUUCACGAAUUGUUGAACCCAAUAUGUUGGACCAAUCAACAAAUAUGGUUUUAGUUAAUGCCAUUUAUUUCAAGGGUGAUUGGGACUAUGCUUUCAAUCCAAAUGACACAAAACAUAAAGACUUUUACUUAUCGAUAGGCGAGCAGGUUGAAGUAAAAAUGAUGUAUCAAAAGAAUACGUUUAAAUACAUGGAAAAUCCAGCUCUUCAAAUAAAGGCAUUGCAACUACCAUACACGAAGCAGCAUUAUAGCCUUUUAGUUAUACUACCCACGUCACGAGUUGAUUAUGGUUUGCAAAAAGUGGCUAAGAGGAUUAGAAAUCCCCAAGUGUUUACAGAAAUUAUCGAUGAUUUGAGAAACGCAGAAGUUGAAGUAUCAUUACCGUCUAUAGAAACUUCCAGUACAACAGAUUUACAGGGAAUCCUAAAAGGCGUAAAUGUCACUGAAAUGUUCGUGUCUGGCAAUUCGGAUCUUAAUGGGUUACUGAAAAAUAAUCAAUCAAUACAUAUCUCUGUUGCUGUUCAAAAAGCCGUUGUGGUUAUCAAUGAGUUGGGUACAAAAGCAGCUGCAUCAAAUAAUAUAGAAUUUUUACCAUCGGCGCCACUGGUCAAACCGCCCCCAAUAACUUUCAACGCUAACCGGCCUUUCCUUUAUUUCAUUCUAUAUAAGAAGAACGUUUUGUUCUGUGGAUCAUACUAUGGAGAAUACUUAAAAACCAGAGAAAAUCCUGGACAAGGUUUCAUAGCAUCGCCAUUCUCUGUGUUGCUGCCUUUAGCGGAACUUACGCUAUAUGCCACUAGAAUAGCGUACGAACAACUUUCUAAUGUUUUGAAUAUUGAUGAAAGAGAUGAGGUUCGACUGGGAUUCAGAAAACUUUUGGAUAACUUUGCGUUGCCACAAAAAGUAUCAAUUACUUUUGCUCAAAAAGUAUACGGCAGUCUCGAUUUCGAUUUCAUUGACGACUUUAAAUAUGAUACCAAAGAAUAUUUUGAUGCAGAAGCACAAAAUUUAGAUUUCAGUCAAAACCAACAAGCUGCAGAAAUAAUCAACGAUUGGGCUAAAUGGAAAGAUCCAUUUGACCCAGAUGAUACUAAACCAGAAGACUUUUAUAUAACAAAAGAUGAAAAAAUAACCGUUAACAUGAUGUUUCAAGAAGGAUAUUUCUUAUACGCUGAAAACCCUGAACUACAAAUACAGGCAUUGGAACUAAAGUAUGAAGACGAAGAUUAUAGUCUCUUGAUUAUUUUGCCAACGUCUGAAGAUGAUUACAGCGUAGAAGGUGUAGUACAAAAAAUUCAAGAACCACAUGUUUUUGAAGGAAUAAUUAACGAUUUAUCAAUUGAUGAAGUUGAAGUACAUUUACCUUCAAUAUUAACUACUACAACAACAGAUCUAAAACCAAUUCUAGAAGGAGUUAAUGUUACUGAAAUAUUUAACCCAGAUACAACUGACAUAAGUGGGAUGCUAGAAUACAUUCAGCCAAUGCACGUUUCCGUAGCUAUCCAAAAAGCAGUCUGUAAUAACCAGCCUGAGAAUGGCAAUUAUAAAGUCAGCAAUUUUUAA